UUUCUGAUUUUCCCUUCCCCCCUUUUUAUUUUUCGCCCUUACCUCAGUGUGAGUGAUGAGGAUCUAUGCUCGUCCAAUGUUGUUGCGAGCGUUGCCCACUUCGCAGUUUCUCGUGUAAUUACCAAAUUCCUUGGCUUUUUCGUCUUUCCUCUUCCUCCCCUCCCCUUCAGUUCAGCUCGUUUAUCCUUUGUCCUGUCUUAUUAGUUGGGUCGUCCCCUCCUCCUCCUCCUCUUCUUCUUCUCUCUUUCUUUCUUUCUUUCUAGUGGGAUUCUUGUCUCCCCGUUCCCUCCUCUGAUGCGGAGACUCCGCGGAGUAAUUGGAUCCAUGGAGGAUGGUUUCCUGCGGUAAGAGGGAGCUGGCGGAGACGAUGUUGCGCUGAGUGAUGGGAACAGAAAUCCAACUGAAAAGCAAUCUUCCUGGACAUCACUCAAUGAGGGAUCUGAAUGAGGAUUCUAACAGUUGUAGCUGGUCGCUGUUUAAUGGAGAAAGGACCUUGCAGAAUGGACAUUAUUACAAUGGCUUUUUGCCGGGGGCAGCUGCAGAUAUUUAUCCUGGAUGUGGCAAAGAUAGAGUGAAGCAAACAAUGCUAAAGCACGAGGCCAUAUUUAAGAGCCAGGUGCAUGAACUACACCGUCUGUACAAAAUACAGAAGGACCUGAUGGAUGAUGUUAGAAGGAAAGAAGCACUAAAAACUCGGAUGCCUGUUGAAACAUCACUAGCAUCAAGCCCUUUAAAGUCUCAAAUUACAUGUGAAGACACUCGGAGAUGGCAAAUCCCAAACUUCCCUGUUGCAAACCCUAGUUACGCUAGGCCAUCUGCGGAAGGAAUCCAUUCUCCUAUCGAUUCUAUGAAGGGACAUAGCACGCCACCUGCUACUUUUGCUUCUCCAAAUGGAGGUAUCUUCAAGACUUCUGAGGCACCUGAUUCCAGACCCUCAAAGGUCAGGAGAAAAAUGUUUGACCUUCAACUUCCAGCUGAUGAGUACAUUGACACUGACGAUCAAGAGCAGGUUGACCGUGGGAAAGACGUGUCAAAUUUUCCUAAUCAAGAUGGUAAAUUUGGCUUUUACAAUGCUGUAAAUAUAAUUCGUGGAGAUAGUGGGAAGAGCGAUAGUGUGGGACAUGCUUCAGAGUCUGGUUUACAUGCCAAAAAAAGGAAUGUGGCUGACCUGAAUCAACCUAUUGAGGUUGAUGAAACUAAUGCCUCACCAUAUAUUGAUCUUGAGAGUCAUGGUUUCCCUCAUGGGGAGAUCCGAGUUCAGGAGCACUCUUUUAAGCCGAAAUCAAUCAAUCUAGGCUUACCUUAUGAUGAUGCUCAAAGCUCUCAUCGUGGAAGCAAUAAUGGGACUCUAUUCAAUUUACACCAGGUCAGCGAGAGGAAUGGAAGGGGGUUGCUUUCGCAUAUGCUUGAAGCUGGGGACAUCAAAGGCAAGAAAUCUACUUCUCAUGGUCUCCAUAUCCAAGGUUUGCUCAAUGAUGUCCAUGACGCUCCUUACCAUCAAACCGAUCAAAGCACAGUCGGUCAAAGCAGAGAGAGGACCAUUUGUGGCUUAGAAAACUCGGUAAAUGCUCAGCGUCCAGAAUCAGUAAUGUCAUCUUUGGAAAAAGCAGGCAAAUUAAGCCAGAAGUCACUUCCGUUUCAAAUGUCUCCAUGCAUAGUUUCAUCCAGUACCCACGGUGCAAGUACCCAGCCAGGAGACCGGAACCAUGCAAUAUAUGGUGACAAGUGGCAUGAGAGCGAUGUUAGACCUAACAGAGGAUUUGGGACGGAAUUGCUCAAUCAGAAUGGCUCUAACAAUGGGUCUUCUCUGGAUUCCAAGGAACUAUCCAGCCGCUUCCCAGUACUUAGCUAUGACCAAGUUAAGUCUUUUGGCGAUAGAAAGCUACCCUCAAAGGACUUCGUCGAUCACACUUCUGCUAAAUAUCAUGGAUGUGCAAGUUCCAUUAAUGCUAACACUGGAAGAGAUGUAGAUCUGAACAGAGUACUUGGAAAUGGUACAUCUAAUAGCUUGGUUCUGGCACAAGGGGGUGGAAUCACAGAUGCAGAGAACAAAAGAGAGGACCAUGUCGUGAUGCUGCCUUGGUUGAGGGCUAAAACAGCUUGCCAGAAUGAGGUCACUGCGAGAAGCGAUCUGAAUUCUAGAGGAUCAAAUUUGCAUCAACCUUCUUCAUCUUCUAUUUGCUUGACCAGCAAUAAUGAUGCUGGAAAAGGUCCGACUCAAAUGUUAUCUCAGAGUACAAGAUCAGUUUUGUGUUCCAAUGAAAUUGAUGCUAAGAGGAGUGAUGUUGGCGCAUUCUCAAGUAAUAAGAAGAUUCUCGGGUUUCCGAUAUUCGAGAAGCCGCCUUUUUCGAAGAAUGAUUCAUUUUCUCUUAACUCAUCAUCUGCAUCUCUUCCACAUUUGUCCGAAGGUGAAGUUGUGGAAAAAGAGAAGAAAGUGAGAUUACUUGAUAUUAAUUUGCCCUGUGAUUCCGUAUCUGAGUUGGGUAAGCCGACUCCUACAGGAACCCCUGCCGUGCAGAAAGGAAUAGGUUCAACCGCGAGCUCUAUUAGGCAUCAAAUCGAUUUGAAUCUAUGUGUGAGUGAUGAUGAAAGUGUUGCGAUGCCAUCGGUUUCCACUACUUGUACCAAUGGAAAGCGGAUAUCUGGGAUAGAUCUGGAGGCUCCUGUGGUUCCAGACAGUGAGGACAUCAUUUUUGACGUAGAGAUAGCAGAAAAGGAAGGUGAAAGAUCUACGCUCUCCUUGCAGCAGGAAAAUGGACAUCGACAGAAUGAAACUGUGAAAGUAGCCGCAGAGACAAUUGUUGCCAUCUCAUCAGCCAGCCAUCAAAAUUAUCUGAACAAGAUAAAUAGCAGAUCACCUGAGUCUCUGGAGGACCCACUCAACUGGUUUGCCGAUAUUGUUCUCUCUUGUGGAGAUGGUAUGGGGGGCAGGCUCGAAGCUGCUUCAAAAGCUAUAAACAGACGGUAUGAUGGAGAUUCCUCAUCAGAAGAGAUAGAUUACUUCGAGUCCAUGACACUGAAACUGACAGAAACAAAAUCGGACGAAUACCUGCCUAAAUCAUUCAUCCCCGAAACCCUCAACGUCGACGAAUCUGCCGCAGCCACUUCAACACCGAGUCGUCCCCGGCGGGGACAGGUGAGAAGAGGGAGGCAGCGGAGGGACUUCCAGAGGGAUAUCCUUCCAGGCCUAGCUUCUCUUUCUAGACAUGAAGUAACUGAAGAUCUUCAGACUUUUGGAGGGCUUAUGAGAGCAACUGGCCAUGUGUGGCAAUCCGGAUUGACGAGAAGGAACUCUAGGACUGGCUGUGCAAGGGGGAGACGGCGGUCCACUGGUAACCUCUCCUCUGUAACAUCUGUGGAUCCCAAUUGCGCUCCGUUGAUACAGCAGCUGAACAACAUAGAGGUGGGAGUUGGGUUGGAAGAGAGGAGCCUAACUGGAUGGGGAAAGACUACAAGGCGACCUCGUCGGCAAAGAUGUCCAGCUGGUAAUCCUCCAUCACUCGCUUUAACAUAAUCCUGAUAACAGGGUCGCUUUAAUCACUCUGAUAAGAUGGAAUUCCGGAGUCAGUUCCAUGGUUGGGAGAUGAAGGGAUGGUAUGGUCGUGAGGAUUCUGUUUGUACAUUCUUCACCAGAAUUUGGUUCCGUGGAGUCUAUUGUUGGCUACGAAACUCUGUAUUAUUCGUGAAUAAUGCUGCGGUAUUCUUGUUGGGAUAACAUGGGCAUCUCACCGUUUUUGCGUCUCCACUGUUCGUCGCCACCGUAGAAGACCAUGUGCUUGGAUUCAGUGGAUGAUUCUCUUGUAAUGAAGGAGUGUAUUGGCUCUCGGCGAUUCGAUUCACUUGUUUCAUCUUUUCCGAUUGGGUUGUGAUGCCUGGAUGAACAGUGAGACUUUGAUACGGGAUGCUAAGACAUCGAAGUUGGAGUUGAAAGCCGUAGAAACUUUUUCUGGUGGGAUUUUUCUUUUGAGUUGUUUCAGUUCCGUCCUCUUUACUAUUGUGUAGAUCAUAGAAAGGGACCGGACUGAAAAGGGUAAAGUAGAACAAGAGACUGCUGUCCGAAACAGACCCUACCCGGCAUUUGAGGAUGGGUUUGGCAUUGUUAAGGUGGCCAUGGCUGUGUUUUUCACCUCUUGUUUUUCCAUUUCUUCUUCUUCUUUUCUUUUUUAAGUUUUUUUGAGAAGGAAGUGCCUGGUGGGUAAGUUGUGCUCGCCCCUGCCGAUAGCGAUUCUCGUAAAGGUGGUGCUGAUUUUCGGCAAAUCGUGAAUGCAAUUUAUCUUAGUUCCUGCGACCUGCAACUGAUGUGCCAAGCCGGUGUCAUUUUGUACAUGAGAGGGCGUUGGGACAGGAGAGGCAUUUCCAACAGUAAGGACAACAUUGAGGGACUGUUCAAUACUAAAGCUCAAGCCAUGGCCUUUUGUCUAUUGCAUGUUGCGUUUUGGGAUGUAAUGUCCUGCUGAUGUAAGAGACAGAAAAGAGGUGAACAGUAUCUGGACCAUGGGACAUAUAUUACAGAACUAGUGCUCAAGUUUGUGUUCGAA